CAUGAAAGUGCCAAUGUGCAGCUUCAAUAACAGCCGCGUUUAUGGCUUGUGUAAAAUAGAUUAAACAUUCAAAGCAGGUUCAAAGAAAACAGAAUUAACUCCCUGUCUCCAUUUACGAUCUUUACGUUGACUGAGCGUGUUUUUUUUUUUCUUUUUUCUUUUUUCUUUUUGUUUUUCCUGGCGCUGUCACACGCUGUCAGCUGUAGCCCCCCCUUUGACAGGUAAACACGCCAGAACAGCGCCACGAAGAUUUUUUUUUUUUUUUUGGCGCAAAUGUCCGGCGUGUGAAUGACAAGGCGUCCGCGCGGAGCUUCCGCCUUUAAACAGGUGCAGCAGUUGUUGUCUGGGCAUUCCCAUUUUGAUACAUGACUCCGGAGUUUCCUGCCGCAUCACGGGGAAUAUUGAUCUCCAGAAAACUCCAGCCUAAAAUGAUCGAGGCGCUGCUGAUUACGAGGGAAAUGAACGUGGCUUCAGUACAUGCUGUUUUACGUAAGAUUUAAAGGCACCAUGGAUCUUCCUCUACUUCUUCUUCUACUCCUCUGACAACUCCUGCUCCUCUUCCUCUCGUCUUUUUUCGCCUGUCUGAACACGUUUUGCAUCCUCAUCAUCAUGGCGGGUGGCGAUAAAGGUCCGGCCAAACGCAGCUCCAUGGACAUAAAGCGUCUGGCGAGUCUGAUCCAGAGGGGGGCCGGGAGGCUGCUCGUGAUUGACAGCAGGACCUUCUCUGAGUACAAUGCGUCGCACGUGCAGGGGGCCCUCAACGUCUGCUGCUCCAAACUGGUGAAGAGGCGGCUGCAGCAGGACAAGGUCUCUGUCACGGAGCUGCUCCAGCCCAACGGGAAGGUCAAGGUGGAGCUGGGCAGGAAGCAGGAAGUGGUGGUUUAUGAUCAGAGCUCCAAAGAGGCUGGGCACCUGUCCAAAGACGGCUUUGUGCAGAUCCUCAUGGGGAAACUCGAGGGCACCUUCCACAAAGUGUCUCUGCUCACAGGAGGAUUUGCUGCAUUCUCCUCUUGUUUCCCGGGUCUGUGUGAGGGGAAGCCUGCCACUGCUCUGCCCAUGAGCCUGUCCCAGCCCUGUCUGCCAGUGGCCAAUGUGGGGCCCACUCGCAUCCUGCCACACCUGUACCUGGGCUCACAGAAGGACGUCCUCAACAAGGAUCUUAUGGCUCAGAAUGGUAUCACCUACGUACUGAAUGCUAGUAACACCUGCCCCAAGCCAGACUUCAUCAGCGAGAGCCAUUUUAUGCGCAUCCCAGUCAAUGAUAACUACUGUGAGAAACUACUUCCCUGGCUGGAGAAGACCAAUGAAUUCAUCGACAAAGCCAAGGUGUCGAACUGCAGAGUCAUUGUGCACUGCCUGGCAGGAAUCUCACGUUCAGCGACCAUCGCCAUUGCAUACAUCAUGAAGACAAUGGGCUUGUCAUCAGACGAUGCCUACAGGUUUGUGAAGGACAGAAGGCCGUCCAUCUCUCCCAACUUUAACUUCCUGGGUCAGCUGCUGGAGUUUGAGAAGGGGCUUCGUCUUCUUCAGGCCCUGACCUCAAACUCCGAUGCUGAGAAUGCUGAGAGCAGCAGUAAGCAGCACUCGGAGGUUAAUGGGGUCGGCACAUGUUUGGAAAUGAAUGGACACAGCAGUUAUGACUCAUCUGUGGCAGAGCCGCAGAUUCCUUCAGAGCCGAAGCUCCCGUCGCCCACGACACUUCAGCAGGGCUUUAAUGGCCUGCACCUCUCUGCAGAGAGGAUCAUGGACACAAACCGCCUCAAACGCUCCUUUUCUCUGGACAUUAAAUCUGUGUACUCCCCCAGCAGUCCGCACUGUCCCACUUUGGCACCCACACAUUGUGAGGACGUCCCUAAGCUGUGCAAACUGGACAGUCCCAGUUCUAACAGCGUCUGCUCCCAGUCUCCCGUCCAGGACAGCCCCAGCUCGUCUGACUCGCCGUUCCCCUCUCCAGGCAGCGGGGGCAGCAUUGGGGGGCUGGGUCAUGGGAGUCCUGAUGGAGUCCAUCGAUCCAGGCCCCGAAGGAAAGUUCACUCACAGCCACAGCACCCUCCCCAGACCCUCAGCCUGUCCCUGGACAACCACACCGCCUGUGGGGAGGAGAGCCUGAAGGGGUCACUUUUACUGUCCCUGCCCUCUCUGCCCAACGUGGGGUCUGGGGCCAUGUGGACCAAACACAGAGACACUGUCCAAGCCACUACUCCAGUCACUCCAGUCACCCCCACCACAGACGCCCCCUGGCACUUUGGGGCAGUUGAGGGGGGAGACAUGGACCUGGGAGUGAACGGGACAUCAGAGGAGUCAACACUGAGGUUAGGGAGCAGUUCGGCCUAUGUGGCGUUCGGGUGCAGUGAAGGAGCCCGGUUACGUGAUAAAUCCCAAAGGGAGAAGCCCCCUACAGGACAAACGGGGCAGUCACAGAGAGACCACCGGGACAUCACGUCUAACGGUGCCAACACCACCGGGUCGGACAAACAGUUCAAACGCCGCAGCUGUCAGAUGGAGUUUGAGGAUGGCAUUUCCGAAACGCGGUCCAGGGAAGAACUGGGCAAAAUCGGAAAGCAGUCGAGUUUUUCGGGCAGCAUGGAAAUCAUUGAGGUCUCCUGACAGAUAAUGGACAUGAGCUCGAUCGUCCCAGUGGGGCAACAAUGGACCUAGAAGGAAUGCACAAAGACAAAAAAGAAGGGAAACAGACUUUGAUGUGCUCCCUUCAUCGUCAGUGUUAAGACUUAUGUGACAAAACUGAACUAGCAUUUGCACCAGGAUUACAGACAGAGCCUACGGGAUGGUGCAUUGCAGACCUGGGGGAAAAAAUGGAGAAACGGGGGUAACAGAAGGUACGGAAUCAUUAAAUGGGUGAAAAAAAGAACUGAAACAGGCCAAGUGUUGUGUUGCAUCCCUAAUUCACUAUAUGGAGAUUUCCUGUUAUGACAGACUGAACCUGCUUGCCUGUGGUCUACUGUAAUGUGGGUGUUUAGCUUGUGAUCUGAACCCGAUCUGUUUUUCCUUUUCAAAGCUUCACCCUGAAAACAUUAUCGCACGGCUACAUCCAACCCCCCCCCGCUGUGAGCUCUGUAACAUCCACAAUGACAGUCUAAGUGUACCACCACAGCACAAGUCUAUCAGCAUGGACAUCCUCUCUCAACGGUACAGCGUCAAAACAAUGAAGGAUUUUUUGAGACUGUUGACAGCGGACUACGUUCUCCCUUAAAGCACAGACUUAAACCCCUCGUAUCAGUGUUAACCAUGAGAAGAUUUGAGACGGACCCUCCCAUUACCCCCUCUCAUUCCACCUAUGGUCACCACUGAGCAUGCACCAAAAAGGCUGACAACAGACCGACAAAUACUAUAUAUAUACAAUAUGAAUAUAUAUGGCAAUUUUAAUGGACUCCUAAUAGACUUUUUGUUCAGUUAUAGUUUAAUUUAUUGUAUUGGUUCAUUCUGGUAAUGAGAAAUAAUAUAAUGUUUUGUGGAUUUUCAUUUUCUUUUGUUGAAUUAUUAUUAUUAUUAUUUGCUGUAUGGUAUUUAUGAACACACAGUGAUACAAGUACACACAUCCAAUAAGCAAUAUGUGCUGUUCCUUCUUCGGGAGAGUGAAUUACGGCUUUGAAAUGCACUUUUCCGCUUUCUAUGACAAAGUCCAAUCACUAUUAACAAAAGCCAAGUGUGGAAGCUAGAAUAUAGUCAGUGUUUUGGUGGUAGAAUGGCUCCAGUAGUACCAUUUUUUUCAUGUGAAUAAGUAUCCCAGCUGGGCUCACGCAUUAAAUGAAGAGACUGUUCUGAUUGUAUGCAAAGAAAGUCGGAGUCGCUGUACUGUAUACGCGCUCUGAGCUCAUUUACUCAAUUUUUAAAUCACAAGUUGCCAUUUUUAAAGCUUGCAUAACAACAGGUAUAUGCAACCAGCGGUGCAGACUGUCGCCACAGAACAGAGCCAGCACCUGUUCGCCAUAGAUUCAAAGCUUCCACCAAAGCUUCUGACAGGCUCACACUCAAAUCUAUACAACUGUAAGCACUUCUACAUGUACUCGGCCCCACACACGCCCUUCUUUUCAUUCUCAGGGGAUCUUUCAGUGAGCCAAGCCCAGUGCAGGGUACAGCAGCACAAUACAUGUCCAUAAAGCUCCUUCACUCUCCUCUUCUAUUUCGAUUCGUAUUUGGGCCUGUCACGAUAAUUACCGCCGCUAAAUACUACUACUAGAGGCGUUUUUGGGCAUCGAUUGGCACGUCGGGGGUGUUCUGUCGUGCGUUUCUAUCGGCAGAACGUGCGGCGGUCACCAUGGCGACACAACGCGCCAGUUUUGAGAUAAGAAAAUGGAUUUUAAACGACACAUUUAGGUGAAUCAAAUCAGCUUUUUCGCUUCAGAUUGUGUCCAAACAAAACUCUGAAACUCAGAGUACAGUCCAAAGUCUUGAGUGUCAGAACUUUAGACGGAGUAGUGCUUCCAGAUAGCGUCACACCCCCAGAAAAUGCUGACGAUUUAUUUAUCUUGAGUACUUUUUUCUUUGUACAAGUGGGAAUUUUUGGGUUUUUUUUCAGCAAUAUGAGAAGAUUUGAGCUGUAGAAGUUUGAAUUCGGAACUAAAACUACACAAUAUUGUACAUUUCGGCAGAUAAUUCUACUUUAUGGUUCAGUUUCUAUAUUAUCAUCUCUAUUUCGCACUUGAAAUUAUCAUGACAGGCCUAUCUGUAUUCAUUUUGAUUUCCCAAAGCUUUGAUAAAACACUAUUGAAAAUGAAGCCCAAAUGGAAGACUCUCCUGGUGCGAGAUUAUUUAUUUAUAACGUGUCAUGUGUAUUUUCUUGCUUUUAGCCCUGAUUAGCUUCUCUGUCUGACCUUUGACCUCCUGCUAUUGCAGCUAUGAUAAAAAUCUGAUUCCAGUGUUGACUUUUUUGUCUAAAUAAAUGGCAUGAGGCUCAAGCAACCUGUCCUAUUUUUUAUACAUGUUAAUGCAGACGCAGACUGUCCCACUUGCUAAAACUGUGGUUAUUAUUAUUAUUAUUAUAUUAUUAUUAUUAUGACUAUUAUUAUUAUUAUUAUUGUAAAUAGCAGCGCAUCUAAGAACACUGAUGAGUUUGACGAGUUUUUAAAGUAAACCCUGAUACCUUUGGCUGCUUGACGCAAAAUACCUCAGGUUCUCUUGAAAGGCUUUUCCUUCCCCUGUAAAUGUUUUGUGAAAAUGAGACAAAAUACAGACAUGACAAAUACAACCACUUCUCUGCUU